AUGAAGAUGGCGAUGGACGCGCCGACCGCAAUCGGUGGCCAGCCACAGAACGCAGAUGCUGUUACGAAACAGACUGGCCAAGACCCAAGCUUGCCACAACAGCACCAUCAACGAGUCCAACAACAACCUCAGUCUGUGGUGAUCGACCUGACGGGAGACUCGCCCCCAUCCAGCCCGCACGUCGUAACCCGAGACAAUGGCCACGAAGAACGGCCCGCCAAACGGCAGCGUGUUGCGAUCGCAUCGCGACUCCCACAGUUGCAGCCACGUCCGCAGCCGCAGCCGACGCCAGAACCUCCUCUAUCGCUCAAUGACUGCAUCAAGAGAUACGUCAUUACGGCAUUAGACCGUAAAUUUGACAGCUUUGCUGCUAUCGAGCCGGCUUUUGAUGACCUACUCGACACGCGCAAACUGGGGAACAAGAUAAUCCGAGUAUUCGCUGCCGACACCAUGUUCCUCGCGCAGUAUCAUGCAUCGCGAGGCUAUCUUUCUCCGGAGUACCAAGCUCAGCUGCAGACGGAGUCGUAUGGACAUUCAACCAAUACCAACGGACAUUCUUCGCGCUCUGCGUCGACCAUACCCCAACAAAUCAUACCUACACCGAAUCGGCAACCCCAGGGAGCCGUGAUGGGAUGGCAACCGCUGUCAAAACCUCGAGAGUCUUGCGCCGCCCCAGACCAUAGUCGACCACAUGCGGUGUCGGGGCAGGUCGCAGCAACUGCGGGACAACACGUACGCCUUCCAAUUGCGCACUCUCAUCCUCCUGCACUCGCCCAACAUUCAACACCAGCCCAAACCCCGACUCAUGUGCAGCCGACGCACCUGCCAUCCACCGCAAAGACGCAGGAUGUUUUGCUACCGAAGAUUACCACACCACUUAAGAGAAGUGUCUCCAACACUAAGCUCCGUCCAGCGUUCGGAACGAACCCCGUCUCGCCGCUAGGUUUUCGAUCGCACGCAAGGGCAACGGCCUGGAAAUACAAGAGAUCGGUCAAGCCAGAGCGAGCAUCUAAGGAUGGCACUGCACGGCACAGUAACAAGGGCACUGGGGCGUGGGCGUCUCUUCCCAAACGCCCAUACCUGGCAUUGCAGGAACGGCGAUCUAUACAAGCAGGAGCUGCGAAGCUCAUUCAUCUUCCUCUCGAGGAGCGAAAGCAAACCGUCUGCUGGCCAUACCAUGUUGACUUUACAGAAGAGGAAGUUGAGGUUGCUCGGCAAGCAGUGCGCAAAUACCUGGCACGGCAGCCUCAGAGCGGCAAGAUGGCUUUGCGAGAGAUACGGCGAUUUGCUAGGAAGCAUCCGGAACACAUUUGCCAACUCGCCAACACAUUUGCUCUGAAGGACGGCCUCUCAAGGAGGGAUCAGGUGUCGAUCAGCAACUUCUUCGAGGACGCCGCUGCAAACAGGGUCAAUCGACACAAGGUAGCUACGCGUCUCGAGCUCGACGAGCUCGACGAACAGAAUGCUAGAGUCCGUGCCUGCCGUAUACCGUCCUUGCUGUUCGCGCGCGAGGUCGAUGGCAACCGUGGGUUUGGCAGGACCCGCAAGCUGGUCAACUUCACCAAUGAGUUUAGGAAGGCUCUUGAGGACGAACUUGAAUCCCGCGGUGAUUGGAACAACUGCGCUGGCGAUAUCAUGACCAUCACCUGGGUCUCGGACCACAGCUUUCUUUGCGGUGCUACUGCCCAUUCUGACUCCCAUAACCAGCAAUACAACAAGCCUGGCAACUUGCUUCUGUAUUCUCCCUCCGACAGCAGGCUCCAAGCAUAUGCGGACCACCGAUUUCCUCGGCCCGUUAUCGAGAGCGGCGAGAACUCUACCGAAGCUAUGCGAGAGAGUCAAGACCCGUGGCUGUAUGCAUCUGUCGUCUCUUCGACAUAUGACGCCACGCGUGACCGGGCUUACACGUCAAGCUUUGACAAGACGGUCAAAAUUUGGAAGGUCGAUAAGUUCGGCGCUCGGAUGGACUGUCUGGGUACUUGGCCGCAUAAAGGCCACGUUAAUUUUGUCGAAGUUUCCAAGCAAAUUGGGUGGGUGGCUACUGCAGCCGACGUUCCCCAUGAGGCCGUGAGAUUGUACGCCGUUAACGACAAAGACAUCUCGAUGAGCGAUUACAUUCCACUGUCCGGGACGCGGGCGUGGAAUGAAGACGACAAAGAAACGCAAGCUCCUCAGAAAUGGAGUUACUACCCAGCCACCAUGCGGUGGGGCAUAGCUAAGGACGUACAACACUUUCUCCUUGUCGGCUAUUCGCCUCGCAGCAUCACUGGGGACGACAACGACAUCCCUCUCGAAAAGCGGAACUCGGGCGAGAUUUGCCUGUGGAACUGCAAAACGGGCAAAAGUGUCAAAGUCAUGACAGGCUCAUCCCAGAAUGUGUUCGAGGUCGCAUGGCAUCCGACUCAGCCCUGUUUCAUAGUGGCGAGCUCACCAUUUGGCAAGCACUUUGACGACCGCGUCAAAACGCAGAUUCGUAUAUUUACACCCGCAGAUGUGCCGGAGCUGUAUGGCGCGUUCAACGAGGUCCAGUGCCUCGACUGUCCGGCUUCCGACAUUAACGAGCUCACUAUCAUGCCUUGCAGUCUGUCCUGCUGCUACAUCACGGCUGCAGCUACGGACGGGAAUGUCUAUGUCUGGGACACUGCACGCGGUGAUAACCCCAUCCACGUGCUUCGGCAUGGCAGUCCCAUCGGUGAUGACGUCGGAAACGACGAUACAGGCGUCAAAUUUACUGCCUGGGGAACAUCACAAGACCGGCUUUACACUGGAGGGUCCGACGGCAUGGUGAAAGUGUGGAACAUUAGGAACCGUAAGAAGCCUCUCGUUCGCGAUCUUUUACAGGUCGACGCUCCCAUCUCGUCCGGCGUCUUCUCGCCGAACCGUGCGAAACUCGCCAUUGGCGAUGCAAGCGGACGCGUCUCGCUGCUGUCCGUCGACAAGGCCGACGACCAGCCUGCCAAGUACAUCCAAAUCCCUCCAGCAACGCAGUCCCUUGUCCACACUACAGCGCGGUCAAUCCGGGUGCCUAAGAACUUCACACCCCAUCCCACCCCUCCACCCCCUGCCGGGACAGAGUCGGAGUCGGGCAUCGAUCGAGCCCGGGCCUACAUAGCGCAGGGCAAUCUCCAGAUCCACCAGAACAGGUGCAUAGGCGCCGUCCAGGGACCCGCCUACGCCGCCCUCGGCUUCUACCGCGGCGAGCUCCACAAGGACGGCGAUCACAACCAGCCGCUGCUCGCCGCCACCGACGCCAAGCAGCAGGAAAACCAGACCAUGUUCCGCAGCUCGGGUCGCGUGCGCAGGCACCGCGGCCUGGAUCCCGCAUCUCCGCCCCUGAGCCAGCAGCACCAGCGCAACCAGGCGUUAGUCCUAGACCUUCGGGCCCUCCCCGAGUCGACGCAGCUCGAGCUCGCGAUGGAAGGCGUUAAGCUCGACGAUCCGUUGGAGGCUCAGGACUGGGAUUUCGAGUAUGAGGAAGAGUAA